UUAGUACCCUGAUCAACAACUGGGGCGGAGUUACGAUUCUCUAUGUGAUUUGCGUUGCUGAUAGACUCCACUAAACAAUUUCGUUGUUUUCUUGAUAAUAACGAACACCCGUUCUGCUGUUGGGAGGAGUCAAAUCUGUAUUUUCUAUUUUGGCAAGCGUAACUAAAACCCGAACCGAAAAGUAAAACAGAAAAAUCAACAUGUCUUCGCUUAGUAAUAUGUCUGCGGAGGAAAUCAGCGAACUGCUGGAUGAAUACGGCAUAAAGCACGGCCCCGUGGUCGACUCCACCAGAAAUCUCUAUGAGAAAAAGCUCAAAGAAGCCAUGGCCAAAGGAAAGAAGGCUAAACCAUCGCCUGAUAAAACUUUCUACAGGGAGGAAGAGGAGGAAGUCACCUAUGUGUACCGGACACCAGCCAAAAGUGAAGACGUUAGAGACAGAACGUACAUGAGGUCAAGGCCGGAGUGGACUGAGAGGGAGCUGGAACACAGUGCUUCAUACUCUGGCUACUCGAGGUCUGAUUACAAAGGAAGAAAUUAUGAUGAGCUAUCGCAUGAAUCUCCUAAGUACACAAAAGAAGAUUUCCCCACAUAUGGUCAAGAUGCUCCAAAGGCGCCCAAGUCGUCUCGCCUCAUCCCAUUGUGGGUUCAGUUUCUGUGCUUUCUGGCUGUGGCCGUCUUCCUCUACCUGGUUUUCUCCAGUAUGGAGAGCAACGAACCCCUUAAAGUGAUAGAAUGACUUCAGGUUGGUUAACUCCAAGCUGAUUAUUAUGGUUUGUGUUUGUCUUCACAAAGCAACAAAAGAGAAUUCCACUUUAAAACACUAUUACCAAGUACUGGCUUGUUUGCAGAGCAGCUCUUUUGCUAUUUAAUCUUACACGUUUUGAGCUUUAAAAGCCACCAGCUUGCUUCUUCUGUCACAUUGGUGUCCUUUAACAUCUAAAUUUGGGUACAAAAACUUACUGGAAUGUUUUAUUUUCCUCCUUUGUGAUGCUGUUUUUGCAUCACUUGUGGAAAUAAAAAAAAUACAGUAUUUCUAUUUUUUAAUCAUCUUCUGUCAAAUGUUCUUGUUCAUAAAAAUGAUGUUAAGGAGAACUUUUAUUCAUAAAUUGAAUAGAUUUUACAGAAAAUCGUUUGUUCUAAAGUUGAUAACUCUGUAUGUACAUGAGUUUGGACAGUUGUACUUUUCAUUAAAUAUUUGCAUUGAGGUAUUUUUAAA